GCGCAAAAAAAAGAACAAAUAUUUCUAACCAUUGACUAUAGUACAACCGUUUUGCCACAUCAAUAUUGAGCGAGUGUACACACUAUUUCCCUCCAAUCCAACAGCGCCGUCGCCUCCUUCAAUCCACUCCAAUCGGAGUUGCAGAGCCACUGACGCCGCAGCUCCGACCAACUUCUUUCUCGUCCAUUUAUUUGCGCCGGCAGAGUUGCAGUACCAACCAAAUCACAAACCAAAAAGAGAUGGUAACUUGUCUUCAAACACAACUUCUCCACACACCCUUUCAGUUUCGCUCUUCCUCGUCGAAAAAACCAACUUCCUUAAGAUGUUCCGCCGCCACCUCUUCCACCAAAAAAUCCUACAAAAUCACUCUUCUUCCCGGCGACGGCAUAGGUCCCGAAGUUGUUUCCGUCGCUAAAGACGUUCUUCUCCUCACUGGAUCCAUCCAUGGGAUUAAAUUAGAGUUCCAAGAGAAGCUUUUGGGUGGUGCUGCUCUUGAUGCUACUGGAGUUCCUUUACCUGAUGAUACUCUUUCUGUUGCUAAGCAAUCUGAUGCUGUUCUUCUUGGUGCUAUUGGAGGGUAUAAAUGGGAUAAAAAUGAGAAACAUUUGAAGCCAGAGACUGGAUUGCUUCAGCUAAGAGAAGGGCUUCGAGUUUUUGCUAAUCUUAGACCGGCAACUGUGUUUCCGCAGUUAGUGGAUGCUUCAACUUUGAAGAGAGAGAUUGCUGAGGGGGUUGAUCUCAUGGUUGUAAGGGAACUAACUGGAGGUAUCUAUUUUGGAAAACCAAGGGGCUUUGGUACCAAUGAAAAUGGUGAAGAGACUGGCUUUAAUACUGAGAUUUAUGCUGCACAUGAGAUUGAUCGCAUUGCUCGUGUUGCAUUUAACAUUGCUCGGAAGCGUGGUGGGAAACUUUGCUCUGUUGACAAAGCCAAUGUACUAGAGGCAUCCAUGUUUUGGAGGAAAAGAGUUGUGGCAUUAGCACAAGAAUAUCCUGAUGUUGAGCUCUCACACAUGUAUGUUGAUAAUGCAGCAAUGCAACUAGUUCGCUAUCCAAAACAGUUUGACACUAUUGUAACAAACAACAUUUUUGGCGAUAUAUUAUCUGACGAGGCUUCAAUGAUCACUGGAAGUAUUGGGAUGCUUCCUUCUGCCAGCCUUGGUGAUUCGGGACCUGGACUUUUUGAACCUAUACAUGGUUCUGCACCUGAUAUUGCCGGACAGGACAAGGCAAACCCAUUUGCUACUGUUCUUAGUGCUGCUAUGCUUUUGAAAUAUGGCCUUGGAGAAGUAGAGGCUGCUGAAAGAAUAGAGAGUGCAGUUCUCGAGACACUGAACAGGGGAUUUCGAACUGCUGACAUAUAUUCUGCCGGGACAAAGCUGGUAGGAUGCAAACAAUUAGGCGAAGAGAUACUUAAGUCUGUUGAAUCUCAUGCUCCCGCUGCUGCAGCAGUGUGAUUUUAAGACCAACUCUGCAUAGAUAUCCCUAGUCUUUGAGUGCUUUGGCUUUCAUCUGCGGUUUUGUAUGUUGUUUUCAACACCAACCUAUGUAUUUUCCAAACUGGCAUUGAAUCCGGGAUUAUUAGUUACUUAGUUCCCUUCAUUAUGCAUGUUAUAAUAGUGUAACAAUGAAAUAUAGAGGUUAGAAUUUUUAAUGCCAUUCUGAAAAACUGAGCAACUACCUUGACAAAUCCAUGGGGCACGCACACAACACUCAUACAAGGAUAUUCCAAGCUUUAAAAUGUGUAUGAUUUGUAUUCAUCUUCUUUUUAUGAUCUUA